GAGUCAGCAAAUCCACUCACAUAAACAGAACGGACGUGUAAGCAAGCGGACGGGUCCGGAUAUCGCGGUGGCCGUGGGUUGAACAGUUUUCCUGAAGACGGGCUAUCUGGAACAAGUGUGUGCGGUGUAGCGACGGAUUGUUCCAGUCUUGUGGGUUCCUCGUCGGAACAAUCGCGGAAGUGUUGCGGUGAUAGAGGUUUGUUACGGUGGAGUUCUGCGGAACAGGGGAAAAGUGAAGGGAUAGGUAUUUUUGUGGUGUCAGCAGCAGCAGUGACUGGAAUCUGGAAUUACGGAAGAAGACAAGGUUGCGUUGGAGGAAGUUGGGUUUCUUUUUGCCGGAACACGACUGUCGUUCAAGUUUCAGAUCAAAGCCUGCUUAGCUAAGAAUCAAGUUGAAGUUUACAAAAGGUCGUGUAGUUUGAAAUUGUCCAAAGUGGAAUUCCGGUCCAGCAUCGGAUUGUAUACGUGUACACACCACGGAAGAAAGUGAACACACUCAGAAAAAAAAGAGAGAGCUAUUUUUGGGAAUAUAUACGGAAGUGAGUGUAAACACUGUCGUUUUGUUAGUUAAUUUAUGUUGCAGUAAACGUGUAAAUCCUCACGUGUGAUAUGUUUAUUAGCGUUUUGUGCGAAAGCUAGUGCUACUUUAGUUUUUUUUUCGACCAGUUACUAGCGCUACACCAGAGGCACGACGACGAGCCUUAGCGAGUGAAUAAUUUAUGGCCGCAAAAUAUUUAGUUGGCGUGUGGAGCCGCUAGUGGAACCAGCAGCUGCCUCGACGAUCCUUGCCAUUCCAGCUACACGUGGUCGUCGCCCUCGCACGUGGUGGCAGCCGUGGCAACAAGAGAGGAAAAGUAGUAGUGCGGGCUGUGAUGUGUUAAUGAAAUUCAAUUCCUAUUUAUCGCCAGUAGUGGCCGGAAGCGUUCCGGUGAACAGGUCUCGCAGGUUUGGUCUCGCGGGGGGCCAGACAGACACACCGCAGCUCUACAGUAGCAAGUGAGGUGGUGUAGCGUUUCAACCCGGGCUCUUUCUUCGUGGCGGGUGGAAAAGAAGCCACGGAAGUGGAAAAUCAACCGCGUGUGGAAUCUCGGGCUGGCAUUCCAGCUGCAGCCAGCAGCUGCUGAAAGUGUGUACGUGUGUGUGUUUCUGUUAUAACUCCAUUAGAAGCAACGGCGGGCCCCCGGUGGUCGUAAUGACCAACAUCAACUACUCGAGAAUGUUUCGGGGCAAGAUUCGUACCAACACGUGCCGGAUCGUGCUGCUGACGUCGCUGGUCUGGCUGCUGAUCGAUGUGAUACUGAUCAUGAACUACGCCGACUGCCUCGGCGGCUCCAGCUGGCUGUGCAAGCGGCCCGGCGAGUACGACGUUGAGGUGAGUCAUCCAAACAUGUUGACAUUUUGGGGAGACUUUGUACUUUAAUGCAAACGUUCGUUACCACUGGCAUAUGAGCA